AUGGCAACUGGAGGAGCUGCCGCGGCCAGCGUCGAGGACAACUCGGGAGGCAAGAUCCCCAUGCCCGUCUUCAACGGCGCGAGCAAGAGUAUGAAGCAGCACCGCCAGGACAUGGCCAUCUGGCAGAUCGGGAGAGAGGUCAAGUUGUCCAAGCAGGGGGCGACACUGCUCCCGAACCUGAAGGACAAGGCCGAGGAGGCUUGCGUGGAGCUCAAUCUGGAGAGCACCAAGGGCGACGACACGGCGGAAGUAUGUUUGGCCUAUUUCGGGGAGCGGUUCCCCGAGACCGAGGCCGAGGGCAUUGCGGUGCUGGAUGAGGUCUUGGUUGACCUGUACCUCAAGGGUUCGCGUCGGCCUGCAGGGCGCGGGGCUGGCGUGCCCAGCGCCGUUGGUAACAACUCCAACCCCGCGGGGCUGCAGGAGCAGCUGGUGAUCAACCUGCCCAAAGUUUCGGUCGUGGACGGCCAUGGCGACAACCGCGGCAAGGGUGAGGAUGACGACCACGGCCGCGGAGCCGACGACGACGCGCCCAGCGACUCGUCGGAGUUCGAGAAUGACGUCCCCGACGAGCUCCAGGACGUCCUUGACGACGCGGAGGAACAGGUGGCGUUCUCUGCCAAGAAGAUGCUUCGCGCGAGGGAUAAGCUGAAGGAGGCCAGGCAGGCCAAAGGCUACUUCGUCAAGAAUGACGGAGGUCCCCCGCCCCGGCGGAAUGGCGGCAAGGCUGCCAGGAUGAAGGCAAGGACUUAUUGCGGAGCCUGCGGCAAGAAGGGACAGUGGCGUGGAUAUCUGCAGUGCCCGAAGAAGGACGGCCCGACGGCGAAGGUGGAGAUCCCUCGCAAGGGCAGUCACAAGGUAAACCUCACGAGCAGCGAGGCGUCUAGCCAGCAGCAGGAACCGCACGAAGCCACGAUGAGCCCGGCCACGAUCCACUACGUUUGCGAGCUGGUAGCACAUUCUGGGGCGUCGGGGCUGCAGGUCGAUGAUGCGGGGCAGCUGGUGGUCACAGCAGACAGUGAUCUGCAGAAGGCCAAGGCCCACUGGUUUCUGGACAUGUUGCUGCUCGAGCGGAGGAAGGGCCUGGCCGUACUCGACGGGUCGAAGCAGCACGCGUUCGCCACGGUGAUCAGGCAGCCUGCCAAUUUCAGGCUGACGGCGUCGACUACCAAGGAGAUUUGUUUCAAACACAAGGUCCUGGUGUUGGCCGCCAAGGAUGCGCAAUUUCGAGACGAGGAGGUUUCUAAGGACGACGACGUGGAAGUGUACGCGAACGAAGUUUGGGACCUCGCGGAGGUCGUGGAGGUCCCCUCGCCCAAGACCGGCCACAAGGUGUGCGUGAAGCUCGCGUCGAACGAGCAGGUCGUCGCCCUGGACCCAGAUCAGGUCAGGCAUCAGGGGCGCGACCGCUACGUGGUCGUGCUGGGCGGCCGCGUCGAGCGGGCGGCGGCCCACCUGCAGAUCGCGGCGCUGGUGAGGAAAGACAACCCGAAGUUCGAUUUCGGCCAGGGCGCCGCGGUGGCUCUGGGGCGCUACGGGGACUGGGCUACGCAACGGCGCGAGUUCGCCGACGACGUGUCGAUGAAGAAUUGCCUCGGCGACAUGCACCGGGCCGCCGGCGUCAUCGCCCCCGCGAGCGGAGCUGUCGUGGGCCUCAUCGGCCUCUCGGCCUACGUCAGCGGGAGCGACGCGCAGCGAGAGUGUGCCGCCGCCAUCUUGGCUGCGCAAGAGGAGGCGUACAUGACCACGAGGCAGUUCAACUGCCUCAGGGUGCUGCCCAGCGGCCUUCGCAGGUGGAUGACGCAGCUCGACGUCCCCGGUGGUUCGGGUGAAUCGUUUGUCCAGAGCAAGCAGACGAGCAUGGUCGAGCAUGAGUUCGGCGUCGUGAUCUUCGCCGUCGCUGGCGAGGCCGCGCCCUCGGACUAUGGGCUGGGCGACACGGUGGACGUCAAGGUGGGCGGCGCCUGGUGUGUCGGCGAGGUCUUGGCCGACGGCGACACCGCGGAGUGCAAUGGCAAGGUCUCGGGGGUCAGUCCAAGAGCAUGCCGUCGAGAAGGGGGACGUCCAGGUGAGGCGCCCCCCCGACAGCCUGGUCAUCGUGAGCCACCAGUUAAAGGCCCGUGGCCUCGCUCGCCUGCGGCUGCUGAGGCUGGGCGACGAGUGGAUGCCGGGCAGGUUCGCGAGGGAGCUCGCGGGGAGGACCUCGACUGA